AUGUCUCCCGACGCGGCCCCAUCCUACGAACCCCUCCCCGCCCCUCGGCGGAUCGUCACAACCCACAAUGCCUUCGGCCAGGCAGUGAUCGACAAGAGCGUCCCGCAAGAGCUCGAAAAGACCGCCGGCCCGGGUGCCGACCUGUGGCUCGCUUACGCCACGCCCUCCCUGCCCGCACCUCUCGCCGACGGUAGCGAUAUGGAGUUCUACAAGUCCAGACUUCCCAACAACGUGGGUAUCGCAUACCCUGGAGGCCUCACCACACGAUUCAUCGACUUCUUGCCCGGACAGGAGGCGCCGCUUCACCGAACCGAAAGCAUCGACACUGGUGUCCUGGUGGAGGGAGAGCUGGAACUUUUCCUCGAUAGUGGGGAGACUCAGAUUCUGAAGCGUGGGGAUGUUAUUGUGCAGCGCGGCACGCUUCACGGUUGGAGAAAUAGAAGCGACGGAGUGACUGCGAGGUUAUUCAUUGUGGUUACAGCUGCCGAUAUGCCGGUUGUCAAUGGGGAAAAGCUGGAGGAAGAUAUGCCGAUCCCAGGCUUGGAGGGCAAGAGAUAG